GCAUGGUCCCACUGCCCUGUUGUAUGCAGAAAACAAGUUCACAGUUUCCCACCGUUCACCCCUAAAUUCCCAUUCUUCAUCGCUGCGCUCAGUACAUCCUCUUCUCCUCGGCUGUCUCUCUUUUUCUCUCUCAUCAUUCCAUUCAUUUAUUCUCCACAUCGCCCAGCUUGUUCCAUGACUUCUGGCCUAUCUCCAUGGCGUACAAAUCGCGCUUUUCAUUCUGGGAGCAAAAGGUUAAAGUUGAGAACAAGCCAGAUUCUGAUGUAGAUAGUAGUCAGCCUCAGGCAGAUGCUACACCGAGGCUAGACACAGGAAGUGGUCCACAGUCAACUGCAUCAUCAGCGGAAGAGUCCAACAGUAACAUUGCCAUGGGCGACCCAGACACUCCGGGGGAGGACCAGAGUUUUAGCGGUAAAAAGGUGGUGAGGGUUGUGAGAAGAGUUGUUAGGCGUGUGGUUCCUGCUGGGACGGUAGAGCAGAACCAGUCUGCUGUUUCCGAGGCUGCUAGGGCUGCCUCUGCUGCAGACUCUAUGUUUAAAACCACCAGAGCUGCUGGGCAGGACAAGGAUGAUAUCUCUAUGGGUCUGACAAGCCUAAUGGGCAGAAGUAGAACCAAGGAACACCGGCCGCGCACCCGCACCCAGGAUCGCAAAGAGGACAUGAAAGAAGAGAUGAAGCAGGAGGAGGAGAAAGGAGAGGUGGAGGCAGAGGGGGAAAAAGCUACUGCGGAAAAAACAGAAGAAGCCACAUCUACAUCUGUGCCCACAUCAAACUCUGCACCACCAAAGUCUAACUCCCUCAACCCUCCAGCUGGGUUCAUCCCCGCUCCCAAACCCGACCCUUUGGCCCCGCCUGCUGGUUUCAUCCCCCUCCCCAAACAGAAUCUGUUGACCCCUCCGCCUGGUUUCAUCCCUGCCAGAAAAUCCAGUCCGGUGCCCCCAAAACAAAAUCCCCUGGCAAGACCUCCGGGAUUCAUCCCUGUCAUAAAGACAGACCCCUUGGCUCCUCCUGCAGGGUUCAUACCAAAGCCUCGUCCAAUUGCUGUAAAGAAACCGGAGGUAAAGGAGACAUCUUGUCCCGCUGUGGCCCCUGAUGGUAAACCGUCCUCUGUUGCACUGCCCCAAGCUCAGUCUGCACCAAGAGAACAGGUCCCAGAGCUGGUUCCCUCUGAGGAGGAUUACAAGCGUGUGAGGAGGAUCUUCGCCUUCAAUGACAAUGAUUCCAAGCCUGUUGAGGAUCCCGUGGCCAUCCUUCAGGCAGCACACACUGCAGCAAAGGGAAAGACUGAGGAGCAGAUAACAGCAGAGAGAGCCUGGUACAACACAGAAAAAGUAUGGCUCGUCCACAAGGAUGGAUUCUCCAUGGCAACUCUCCUGAAGACGGAGGCAGGCAGUCUGCCAGAGGGGAAGGUGAAAAUCCGCCUGGAGAGUGAUGGAUCUUUAUUGGAUGUGGAUGAAGAUGAUGUUGAGAAGGCAAACCCUCCGCUAUUUGACCGAGUGGAGGACCUGGCCUCUCUGCAGUAUUUGAAUGAGUCGAGCGUGAUGCACUCCCUGCGGCAGAGGUACGGCGGUAACCUGGUACACACCCAUGCCGGGCCCAGCAUGGUGGUUGUUAACCCCAUUAGUGCCCCCUCGAUGUACUCUGAGAAGGUGAUGCAAAUGUUCAAGGGCUGCAGAAGGGAGGACACUGCCCCUCACAUUUACAGCAUGGCCCAGGCUGCAUACAGGAACCUCUUGACCACUCGUCAGGAUCAAUCUAUUGUUUUGCUGGGCAAGAGCGGUAGUGGCAAGACCACCAACUGCCAACACAUCAUCCAGUACCUGGUCACCAUUGCUGGCAGCACUAACAAAACAUUCUCCACAGAGAAAUGGCAGGCGGUUUACACAGUUUUGGAGGCAUUUGGAAAUGCCUCUACCUGUAUGAAUGGGAAUGCCAGUCGCUUCUCCCAUAUUGUUUCCUUGGACUUUGACCAGGCAGGCCUGGUAACCUCAGCCUCUAUCCAGACCAUGCUGCUGGAGAAGAUGAGAGUGACAAGAAGACCAGGAGGAGAGUCCACCUUCAAUGUCUUUUACUACCUGAUGGCUGGAGUAGACAGCUCUCUUAGAACUGAGCUACACCUUAACCACUUUGCUGAAAACAAUGCAUUCAGCAUCAUGCCUCAGACUAAGACUGAAGAUAAGCAGCGGGCCUCCCAGCAGUUUUCCAAGCUGCAGGCAGCCAUGAAGGUUCUGGGGAUCAGUGGUGAUGAGCAGAGGGCCUUCUGGCUCGUCCUCGGGGCCAUCUACCAUCUGGGGUCUGCAGGAGCUACAAAGGCUGGCAGGAAACAAUUUGCACGUCAUGAGUGGGCCCAGAAGGCAGCCUACCUGCUGGGCUGCACCCUGGAGGAGCUCUCCUCCUCCAUCUUCAAGCACCAGGCCAAGGGCACCCUGCCCAGAGCCAGCACCAUUCGGCAGGCUUCUGAUGAAAAUGGCACAGCAGAUGCAGGAUCCAAGGCUACAGCCAUGGAGUGUUUAGAGGCCAUGGCAUCUGGUCUUUACUCGGAACUCUUCACUAUCCUCAUUUCUUUAAUAAACCGGGCCUUGAAAUCCAGCCAGCACUCCUUGUGCUCUCUGCUCAUUGUGGACACACCAGGCUUUCAGAACCCCAGGCUGGCCAAGCGAGAGUGCGGUGCAACCUUUGAGGACCUAUGCCACAACUACACACAAGAACGUCUGCAUUCCCUCUUCUAUCAGCGCACCUUCGUUCAGGAGUUGGAGAGAUACAAAGAGGAGAACAUAGAGCUUGCUUUAGAUGACACAGAGCCCAGCACAUCCCUGUCUAUAGCAGUGGUAGACCAAGCCUCAAGCCAAGCUCUGGUACGGACAGUGCGGACAGAUGAGGCACGGGGCCUGCUGUGGCUAAUGGAGGAGGAGGCGCUGCAGCCUGGGGGGUCAGAGGAAACCCUCUUGGGACGUCUCUUUAGCUACUACGGACCUGCUGAGGGCGAGAGUAAAGGUCACACUUUCCUCCUGAAGAGUGAAAAGGAUAAUCAUUUCCUGCUGGGCCACAGUCAUGGGACUGACUGGGUGGAGUACGAUGUCUGCGGGUGGCUGAACUACGCCAAGCAGAAUCCUGCAACUACCAAUGCUACAAGCCUCCUGCAGGACUCCCAGAAGAAGAUCAUCAGCUCGUUGUUCAUGAGCCGAACGGCUGGAGCCACUGUUCUCUCCGGUUCCAUUGCAGGCCUUGAGGGGGUUUCCCAGCUUUCCUUGCGAAGGGCCACUAGCAUGAGGAAGACCUUCACCACAGGGGUGGCCGCUAUCAAGAAGAAGUCCUUGUGUAUCCAGAUAAAACUGCAAGUGGAUGCUCUGCUUGACAUGGUGCGGAGGUCCAGGAUUCACUUUGUUCACUGCAUAUUGCCCAAGGCGGAUGCCCUUAAGGCUUUGAGUGGAUCCCUGUUCAAAGGAGGGGAAUGUGAGGCUCAAGGGGAGACUGGAGAUCCCGGCUUAAUGCAGCUGGAUGUAGCCCUGCUCCGUGCUCAGCUGCGCGGCUCCAAGCUGCUGGAUGCUCUCCGGAUCUAUAGGCAAGGUUACCCUGAUCACAUGGUGUUCUCUGAGUUUCGCCGCCGCUUUGACGUGCUGGCACCACACCUCACCAAGAAGCACGGGAGGAAUUACAUUGUGAAGGACGAGAAGAGAGCUGUGGAGGAGCUACUGGAGUCCUUGGAUUUGGAGAAGAGCAGCUACCACAUGGGUCUCAGUAGGCUGUUCUUCAGAGCUGGCACCUUGGCUAAGCUGGAGGAACAGAGGGAUGAGCAAACCAAGCGUAAUCUCACCCUGUUUGAAGCUGCCUGUAGAGGCUACCUGGCGCGGCAAGCCUUCAAGAAGAGGAAGAUUCAGGAUCUGGCAAUCCGUUGCAUCCAGAAGAACAUCAAGAAGAACCGUGGCGUGAAAGACUGGCCAUGGUGGAAGCUCUUCACCACAGUCCAGCCCCUCAUUGAAGUCCAGCUCACUGAGGAGCAGAUGCGAAGCAAAGACGAGGAGAUCCAGCAGCAGAAAUCGAAGCUUGAGAGGGUGGAGAAAGAGCGGAAUGAACUGAGGCUGAACACGGAUCGAUUGGAGAGCAGGAUCUCAGACUUGUUGGCAGAGCUGGCUGAUGAGAGAAGCACGAGUGAGUCAGCGUCCCAGUUGCUGGAGACUGAGACUUCAGAGAGACUCCGCCUGGAGAAGGACAUGAAGGAUCUACAGGCUAAGUUUGAUGCGGUGAAGAAACAAUUAGAGUCACAGGAGAUGGAGGUGAUGGAGGCUCGGCUCAUGAAAACAUCAGAGCUCAAUGGAGAGUUGGACGAUGACGAUGAUGCUGGAGGCGAGUGGCGGAUAAAAUACAACCGAGCCAUUCGUGAAAUGGACUUCACCAAAAAGAAACUCCAGCAGGAGUUUGAUGAGAAGCUGGAGACAGAGCAGCAGAGCAAAAGACACGUUGAGAGAAGGCUGGCUGAUCUGCAAACAGAUAAUGAGGAUGUGCAGCGCUCUGUGCAGCAGCUGAAGAAGAAGUGCCAGAAACUGACGGCAGAGCUGCAGGACACCAAGCUUCACCUGGAGGGCCUGCAGAGCCGCAACCAUGAUCUGGAGAAGAAACAGAGGAAAUUUGACCUGGAGCAGAACCAGGCUCAGGCUGAGGUACAAAGAGAGAGGAGCCAGAGGGAGAAGCUGGCUCGCGAGAAAGACAUAAUGACUGGUGAGAUGUUUAACCUCCGCCAGCAGCUGCAGGACAAGGACAUUGAAUUGUGCGCAGCGAAUAUGAAGGUGCAGCAGCUGGAGGCAGAGCUACAGGAUCUGUCCUCCCAGGAGUCCAAGGAUGAAGCCUCGCUGGUCAAGGUCAAGAAACAGCUUCGUGACCUUGAGGCCAAAGUUAAAGACCAGGAGGAGGAGCUGGAUGAACAGGCUGGAACCAUCCAGAUGCUGGAGCAGGCUAAGCUGCGGCUUGAGAUGGAGAUGGAGAGGCAGAGGCAGACCCACUCUAAAGAAAUUGAGAGUAAGGAUGAAGAGGUAGACGAGAUCAGGCAUUCCUGCAGUAAGAAGCUGAAACAGAUGGAGGUGCAGCUGGAGGAGGAGUAUGAAGACAAGCAGAAAGUGUUGCGUGAGAGAAGAGAGCUGGAGUCCAAACUGCUCAAUGCCCAGGACCAGGUGAGCCAGAGGGAUGUGGAGACGGAGAAGAGGCUGAAGAAAGACCUGAAGAGAACCAAAGUCCUUCUGGCUGAUGCACAGAUUAUGCUGGACCACCUGAAGAGUAACGCCCCCAGUAAGAGGGAGAUCGCCCAGCUCAAAAAUCAACUGGAGGAGUCAGAGUUCACUUCCGCAGCAGCAGUUAAGGCUCGAAAGAGCAUGGAGAUUGAAAUAGAGGACUUGCAUAUCCAAAUGGAGGACGUGGUCAAAACUAAGCUGUCGUUGGAGGAACAGGUCAGCCGUCUACAGAGAGAGAAGAAUGACCUGCAGUCUCGUAUGGAGGAGGAUCAGGAGGACAUGAAUGAGCUGAUGAAGAAACACAAAGCUGCAGUUGCCCAGUCUGCCAGAGACUUGAGCCAGAUCAGUGACCUACAGGCCCAGCUGGAAGAAGCCACAAAGGAGAAGCAGGAGAUCCAAGAAAAGCUUCAUUCACUUCAGAGCCAGCUAGAAUUCCAGGAACAGUCUAUGGUGGAAAAGUCUCUUGUGUGUCGUCAGGAGGCCAAGAUCCGUGAGCUGGAGACCAAGCUGGAGUACGAGAGGACGCAGAUCAAACGCUUGGAGAGCCUGGUGGGUCGUCUGAAGGAGAACCUGGAAAAGUUGACAGAGGAGAGAAACCAACGCAUUGCAGCAGAAAACAGGGAGAAGGAGCAGAAUAAGCGAAUGCAGAGGCAGAUAAGGGACAUGAAAGAAGAAAUGGGAGAGCUGUCUAAGAAGGAGUCCGAGGCGAGCCGGAAGAAGCACGAGUUGGAAAUGGACAUCGAGAGCUUAGAGGCGGCAAAUCAGAGCUUACAAGUGGACCUUAAGCUGGCCUUCAAGAGGAUAGGCGACCUGCAGGCUGCCAUAGAGGACGAGAUGGAGAGUGAUGACAAUGAUGACUUAAUCAACAGUUUGCAAGACAUGGUGACAAAAUAUCAGAAAAGAAAGAACAAAACCGGAGAUGACACAGAAACAGAUUCUGAGGUGGAGGACCGCGUGGAUGGAGUUAAGUCAUGGCUCUCGAAGAACAAAGGCUCCACCAAGACCCUGUCAGAUGAAGGAAGCUUGAAGAGCACCAGCCCUCCUGUGUGCGGCAGACACCUGAGUCUUGGCAAAUCUGAUGAAGAGGAUGAAGUGGACAGAGACUCCAGCAGGCAGUCGCUGAGGCAGAGCGACAGCGAAGGCACGGUGGCAGAGAGUGCAUCGUAACCCAAACUCAGGUCACCUUAUCCCAUCAGUGACAUCAAACACACAGGAGGGACACGAACCAUCCUUUACAACUCUACUACCACUUCUCAGCCAGCAAGAGAGGCCAGCUGCUUCCAGAGGAACAUUGUUUUCAGAUAGUUUAGCCUGGGCUUUCUGUUAUAUUUUACUUAUUAUGGCGAACUCAUUCACAUUAUGAAGUCACGUUGCUUCUUUGGUUAAUAUGUACUUUUUCUGUUCUAUUUAACACAACAUAUUGAAUAAGCAACCAAAUCGCAAGGAAAAAAUGUUGGCAUUUAUGUUUUGGCACACAUUACAUUUGUACGUUAUUAUUUUUAGGCGCAAAAAACAGUUAUGGUUGAUUUCAAAUACCUGAUUUAGGGGCACAAUUCCUGCUGGAAAAACUGCGAUGUCUUGGGAAAAAACAACCACUUUUCUUGGCACUGUUCCCAGUGGAAAAACAGCCACGAUCGCUAAAAAUAACUCAUGUUUGGUGUCUAAAAAGCUGCUGGAAACAGCAAUGAUUCACGGCUUUGUUGUUUGUUGAUCUCAAAGAGUGUUGUGCAGCGGUAGGCGGCUUGGCAGGCAUCACACUUAGGUGACACGCCAUCCACCAUCCUCUUCACCUCCUGAUGACAAGGUCAGCUCAUAUACGAUGUCAGUAUAGAAACGCUGAUAUGAUAUGUUUGAAACAUACAUAUGUAACAUAUACUUGGUUUGCAGAAAUGUACAAUGCCAACUUUUUUCCUAGUGACUGGGCUGCGAAUAAGUUAGUUAAUAAAGAACAGUAAAGUUCAGGAGAACUUCCUGCCGCUGCUUUAUUCAUAAGAGCUGCUUUUCAGGCAAAUUUAAGCUCCCCUCUGCACUCCUCUCUGACUAUUCAGAUAGCUCUGCCAAGAGGAUUUAGAUAAGCCCGCUCUGGCUACACUUCUCCGAGAAGGUCUGACCAGCCAUUAAGACUGUUCUUAUCUCCUUCCCCCAUUAAUGUGGACGAGCGCGUUGGGAGGAAUUAACCCAUUUUCAAUUAAUUAUCUCGCUGUAAGUUUACAUGUGGCUCUUGUUCCAAGUUGUGAUAGCCAUCAUCUGGACAAAGUGAUGCUAGGUCAUGAUGGCUGACAUCACAGUACAAAUCAUUUUGGAAAAUAUAUUUCUAUUCGACCUAAGCUGUUGGAUGUGAUGCAUAUGUUUGAAUUGCUGGAUUGAAAGCAAUGUCUGAUCUGAGAGUGUAUAUAUAUAGUAACCAUAGAUAUAUAACAUUACAUGUGGAAUCACAGCCUUUACAUAAACAUGAUAUUCAGAUGAAUUAAGAUUUUUUUAGUAAAAGAGGUAUUUUAUUAAGAUAAGGUUUAUGACAUAUUUCUGAUUUAUUCACAUCUCUUCAUGCCAUAAUACUUCUGGUUUGGCUCCUUUGAGGCUCAGUCAUGCUUUUGUCCACUUGUGUCAUAUUUCUUAAGGUUCAAAGGGAAUAGAUUUUUUUUGCUAAAAUAAAGGAGUUUUGUGUAGAGCUUUAGAGACCUUACAGAUGCAGAGAGGUGUGGUGUCUCUAACUUUUCACCAACACUGGAUUUCUUCCAUAUAUUAGAAAUUAAAGCUCCUUUUGAUGUUGAAUCCUGAAGAAUAAUAUUCCUCUAUAAUAAAGUCCAUUUUGAUGUGUGAAUUACAUACUUAUGUGCAGAUUGUCUUGAACUGAGGGUUUUUUAGAACAUAUUGGUUUAAGCAGUAAAAUAAUUCCAUCCUUUCCAGUACAUGGUCUCCCAAUUUUGAGGUGCCAAAGACUAUGCUCAUUAAAUCGGUGAAAUUUUUGCAUGUGAGAAAAUUUGCGGUCGGGACUUUUAGAGGUUAUUUGUCCAUGACCACUCAUGAGCAAACCAUAUUAUUAUAUUGAGUUAUUCCCAGGCUGUGUGUAUUUUAAUAUCUAGAAGGACUCCGAUGUUGAAGUUUUGGGAUUGUUUUCCGCAUUCAUUUUUACUCCCUCAGCCAACUGUCCACUCUGUAUUACCUCAUAGAAUACUGCCAAAAAUACCCCUAAAUUAAAGCCUGUCUGUUCUUAUA